CGAGCCGCCUCUCUCCUCUUGUGAAACCAUUCAAGGACUGAGGAAUUUAGAGAUUUAAGAAACGGGAAAGAUAUGAUGAUCUUCACACGGAACUGAAAAUGAUUUUUCUUUUGGACGGCUUCUAGUCAACGCAUUUGAUCAAAACAUUUUAGGGUUUCUGAUUUUGGGUUAUUCUUUCUCAUUCCUUCAAUGGAGGCUUCACGUCCGCAAAAUGGCACCUUCGUUCAGACAGAGAUUAAUUGGGACAAGCUAGAUAAAACCAAAUUCUACGUUGUUGGGGCGGGUUUAUUUACGGGGUUGACAGUGGCAUUAUACCCAGUUUCGGUUAUAAAGACUAGGUUGCAGGUUUCCUCAAAGGAUGCAGCUGAGAAGACUGCAUUUUCUGUUAUCAGAGGGAUAUUGAAGACUGAUGGAAUUCCUGGUUUGUAUAGAGGUUUCGGCACUGUGAUUACUGGUGCAGUCCCAACAAGGAUCAUCUUCCUCACAGCUUUGGAGACUACUAAAAUUGCGGCUUUUAAUUUGGUUAAACCAUUCAAGCUGUCUGAACCUACAGAGGCAGCCAUAGCAAAUGGAAUGGCUGGGAUGACAGCAUCACUUUGUUCUCAAACCUUGUUUGUUCCAAUUGAUGUGGUUAGUCAGAGAUUGAUGGUACAAGGAUACUCAGGCCAUGCGAAGUACAAUGGAGGCAUUGAUGUGGUUCGACAAAUUAUAAAAUCAGAAGGCGUUCGAGGGCUCUAUAGAGGAUUCAGCUUAUCCGUCCUGACUUACGCACCUUCUAGUGCUGUAUGGUGGGCUAGUUAUGGCUCAAGCCAACGCUUCAUCUGGAGGAUUUUAGGGGCGGGCCAAGAAUAUAGUCCUAGCCAAGGGAAGAUAGUAUGUGUUCAGGCUGCUGGAGGGAUAAUUGCUGGUGCCACAGCUUCUUGCAUCACUACACCACUUGAUACAGUAAAGACUCGCUUGCAGGUAAUGGGACAUGAAAGAAGGCAAAAUAUAAGACAAGUAGUUGGAGGAUUGAUCAAAGAGGAUGGUUGGAAAGGUUUAUACAAAGGACUUGGUCCCAGAUUUUUCAGCAUGUCAGCAUGGGGAACUUCGAUGAUACUCUCAUACGAAUAUUUGAAACGGUUGUGUGUGCAAGAGUAGAUUGUUGUUCUUCAGGCAUCACAUCUAAGGCAGAGGCAGCUGACCCCUUUACCUAUUCAUUUUUUGUUUCCCUUCUCUCACAGGCAAACAACAAAACAGAUGAUUUACUUGCUAUUAUUAUUUUGUGUAUGAUUGAUUAUAGACACAGUUAAUGAAGGAAUUGAUGUGUUUGUUAGACAGAAGAAGACAAUAACAGGAGAGGGUUACACCAUUAAUUUACAAUUAAACAACAGCUUUCUCAUUAA